GGAGCGGCGCUGAGCGCUCGCGGGGCCCCGCGGCUUUACCGCUGCGCUCCGCGCCGGGGCCGCUCCUGCCGCCUCCUCCUCCCGCCUCGGACCUUCUCCGGUGCCGGAUACAAAAUGGCGGUGCCGUCACGGGCGGGCGGCGGGGCGGCGGCGGCGGCGCUGCUGCUGCUGGGGCUGCUGGGCUCGGCCGCCGCCGCCGGCUGCGCCUGCGGCGGGGAGCUGCUGAACUGCGGCGGGCUGGAGCUGCCCGCCCUGCCCCGGGACCUGCCCUGCUGGCCGCGGCAUGUAAACCUGAGCUACAACAAGUUGACGGAGAUUGAUCCUUCUGCCUUUGCAGGGCUGUCGAACCUGCAGGAAGUGAGACUGAACAACAACGAGUUGACCGCCAUUCCUUCCCUGGGACCUGCUGCUUCCAGCGUCCGCUCCCUCCACCUGCAUCACAACAGGAUCCGCAGCAUUGAAGCAAGUCAACUGAAGCCCUACGUUACCCUGGAAACGUUGGACCUGAGUUUCAAUGACAUCACGGAAAUCCGAAACGGCUGCUUUCCACAGGGACUUCACAUAAAGGAGCUCUACCUGGGGAGCAACAGAAUCAGCACCCUGGAGCCUGGUGCUUUUGAUAGUCUGUCACGGUCCCUGCUAACACUUCGUCUGAGUAAAAACAGAAUCACUCAGCUUCCUGUCAAGGCGUUCAGGCUACCUCGGCUAAUACAACUGGAGCUGAACCGGAAUCGCAUCCGCCUGAUUGAAGGCCUGACGUUCCAGGGACUGGACAGCUUGGAAGUCCUGAAACUCCAACGCAACAACAUAAGCAAAUUGACUGAUGGGGCUUUCUGGGGUCUAGCCAAGAUGCAAGUUCUCCACCUGGAGUAUAACAGCCUGACAGAAGUAAACAGUGGCUCUCUCUAUGGCCUUUCAUCUCUGCACCAGCUUCACCUCAGUAACAAUUCCAUAUCACGCAUCAACCCUGAUGGCUGGAGCUUCUGUCAGAAGCUGCAUGAGCUAAUACUCUCUUACAACAACCUAACCAGGCUGGAUGAGGGAAGCUUGGCAGACCUUGGGGGACUGCACGUACUACGACUGAGCCACAAUUCCAUCAAUCAUAUUGCAGAAGGUGCUUUCAAGGGACUCAAAAACCUACGUGUCCUGGAACUGGACCACAACGACAUCUCAGGCACAAUAGAAGAUACCAAUGGAGCCUUUACAGGCCUAGAAAACCUAAGCAAACUAACUCUGUUUGGAAACAAGAUCAAGUCGGUGGCCAAGAAAGCAUUCUCAGGGUUGGAGGCCCUGGAGCACCUGAACCUUGGGGAUAAUGCCAUCCGCUCAAUUCAAGCAGAUGCCUUUGCUAAGAUGAAGAGCCUGCGGCAGCUCCACAUAAACAGCGACAGCUUCCUCUGCGAUUGCCAGCUGAAAUGGUUGCCCCAGUGGUUAGUUGAGAAAGAGCUGCAAUCCUUUGUGGUGGCCACCUGCGCCCAUCCUGAGUCACUAAAAAGCAAGAGCAUUUUUGCCAUCCUGCCAGAAAGUUUUGUGUGUGAUGAUUUCCCCAAGCCACAGAUCAUCAUCCAGCCUGAGACAACAGUGGCUGUCCUUGGGAAGGACAUCCGUUUCACUUGCUCGGCCGCCAGCAGUAGCAGCUCCCCCAUGAUGUUUGCAUGGAAGAAAGACAACGAGAUGCUGCACAAUGCCGAGAUCGAGAACUUUGCCCAUGUGCGGGCAAAGGAUGGUGAGGUGAUGGAGUACACCACCAUUCUGCACCUCCGGCACGUCACCUUUGCCCAUGAAGGGCGUUACCAGUGUAUCAUCACCAACCACUUUGGCUCCACCUACUCCAACAAGGCCCGACUCACUGUUAAUGUGUUGCCCUCAUUUAUCAAAACUCCCCACGACGUCACCAGCCGGACAGGGACAAUGGUACGGCUGGAGUGUGCAGCUGAAGGACACCCCACCCCACAAAUUGCCUGGCAGAAAGAUGGGGGCACGGACUUCCCUGCAGCCCGAGAACGCCGCAUGCACGUCAUGCCUGACGAUGAUGUCUUCUUCAUUACGGAUGUGAAGAUAGAAGACAUGGGUGUCUACAGCUGCACAGCACAGAACUCUGCGGGAUCUGUGCUUGCAAACGCUACCCUGACUGUGCUGGAGACACCAUCUUUGAUUCAUCCACUGGAAGACCACGUAGUGUCCGUAGGUGAGACUGUGGCUCUUCAGUGCAAAGCCACAGGGAGCCCAACUCCCCGCAUUACCUGGCUGAAAGGUGACCAGCCCCUGAUCGUGACAGAAAGGCAUCACUUCACCUCUGGCAACCAGCUGCUGAUCGUUAGGAAUGUUGUCUUGGAGGAUGCUGGGAAAUAUACCUGUGAAAUGUCCAACACCGUGGGGACAGAGCGGGCACACAGCCACGUGAGCAUCUUACAGUCUCUCGGCUGUAGGAAGGACCGUACCACUGUGGGGAUCAUCACCAUCGCUGUGGUGUGUAGUAUCGUGCUGACGUCUCUUGUCUGGGUCUGCAUCAUCUACCAGACCAGGAAGAAGAGUGAAGAAUACAGCGUCACCAACACAGAUGAGACUAUUGUGCCUCCUGACGUGCCAAGCUACUUGUCUUCACAAGGGACUCUUUCUGACCGGCAGGAAGCAGUCAUCAGAGUAGAUAACCAACAGCCUAACGGGCACAUAGACAGCAAUGGUAUGUGUCAGACUGAUGCUGGAAGGUGUCCAGAUGUUGAAGCUCCCACUGUAGGUUGUAGACAGCCAAAACUGUGUAUCAGCUAUAAUAAAGACACUUGGAAAACUGAAGACAUGGCUGAUGGAAUGCUUGUUCCAGAUAAGACAGGCUAUGGCCUGCCAGUUGUGUGCACGGACUGCAGUGGCAGCACGGACAGCAUGAACGUCCAUGUUUACCCCAAGGAGUCGGAGUACUACUCUGAGAGCCUUAAGACUAUGGAUAAUACCUACCCAAACGCACUGAGCAGCAAGGAACGAAAUAGGAAGAGGGGUGCAGGCACCAGCCUUCUUCAUCCUCAGCCGUGCAACGGGAUUGCCAGCGGCAAGAGGAUGGAAACAGACGGGACCCUCUACCCCAGCAACCACGACAGAAUAAGACCUGUGAGCACGACCAGCCCGCUGCUUGCAGACAAACACGGCUCUUCACAAGCAGUAGCAAAGCCUUCAGAGCUUAACAACCUUAAUUUGGUGAGAGCUUCACCAGCAGGAGGGUCCUUAAAGCAACUGAACGUGCUUCCUGAAAUUUCCCCAACACUACUGGAUUUGCAGAGCGAAGCAGGAGUGAAACAGGCUCUCCUGUCCAACGGCUACGCACCCAAGCCGUGCGACUCCGUUCACGAGUUGAAGCCACCGAACAGAUCGCUGGACUGAGAGGACAGACUGCCAUGUGCAAAUUAACAAACGUGCUAAUUUUUUUUAUUUUAUUUUUUUUUUGCACAGAGUAUAUAGGCUACUUACUUCUACCUCAAAUCUUGAACUGAUGACCUGUCAAAGGCAAACAACUGAGGUAUGAGAAACAAGCUUGUAUGGGGAACAAACUCCUGUUCGAGCGUCAUCUGUUUGUACAUAGUUUAAAACUUCCCUGAGAAGUAUGAAGCGUUCAAAAGUUGACUUGCAUAUGAAGCACAUAAAUGCAAGGGAUUAUUGUGUAAAGAGAAAAGUAUUUGAUACAGUUGUACAUAAGAGUUUUCAUAUAUAAAUAUAUAUAUAUAUAAAAAUAUAUAUAUAUCUUUUACAGAGGCUAUUUUAAUCUUUAGUGCAUGGAAAACUGAGUGAAAUUUUACAAUUUUGGCAAUAUUGUUUUCAGUAUCAGGUUGCUGUUAAACUUUGUGAGAGAAAUAAUUCUGGUGCCUUAAAUGCAUAAGCAGAACUUCAAAAAGCCAGACUGUUCCAAAGGGAUUGUCCUCUUUUCAAUGGAAGUUCCUUUAAAUCAAGUAUCAAUUGGGUUACUUAGCACAAAUUUCCUUCCCCUUUGAAAUUUAUUGCACUUGACACAUUUAAACAGAGAUCUUAAACUUCAUUUGAAACAGUUGAUAGGGAAAAAAACACAUGCAGUGAGGAAUUACAUAGCAACCUGAUUUUUUCCUGUUGGUGGAAGAACUUAAAUUCCAUUACUUCUCAAAACUGCAUAAAAAUUAGUAUUUGAACUGUGAGAUAUGUUAGUGGACCACACAAGAGGCACUGAAUAAUUCAGCAACCGUGCAGAGUCCUAAAACAACCAGACAAAAAGGCUGUCGUGAUUAGUGAGCAGUCAUUACCAAAGUAAAUAACUCGCGCAGUAAACUGUGGGGUGGUCUCAUAUAUUGCACUGUUGAAAACCAUCACAGCAGAAGGCGUUAUCUGCCCAUAUAUGCUGUUACAGCACUGAUCACCUACAGAGCUAAUUGCAGACAUUUCCCCUCCCAAAUGGUUGCAGCUUUACCUGUAUAAGGUGCAUAUAAUGAUAUACAGCCUGGCCCUGUUCAGAAGGAAUAACCUGUGCCAGUACAGUGCGUUUUCACACCCAAAAAAUACAUCUGUUCUGGAGGGGGGCGGAUUUGAAACCAUAGAGCUGUUUUGACAACAAAUCUAAGAUCACACUCCUAAGCUGACAGCUGUACCAUUAAUUCAUCUGAUACUUUUUUUUUUUCCUUUUCCUGCAACACAAUAUUACGUGUUCUUCUUGAACACCAUUACCCCCAUCUGCAGCCAGACUCUUUACAUGACAAUACCCACUUCAAAUGAAUUAUGCUGCUUUGUGUAGCAAUUCUAGGCUAUUCAGAAAUACAUUUAUUUAGAAAGGAAACUGUCUAUUUAUCGUUGGAAGUUCUCUGUUAAAUGGAAAUGUCCCAAGUAUUUUUUUCAUGUGGUUGUUUAAGUUCAUCCAUGAAUGGGGGAAAAAAGAAAUACCCACAUUGGUCAAACAGAUCUUUGUCACUUCUAACUUCACUACAAUGCUUUUUAUUUAUAGAAAGGCUGCUUUCUGUUGGUGUUGGUACCUGUGGAUGGAGGACUCCCUUCCAGUUACUUGUAAUUUGAGUUCUGCUAACGUAAGGUUGCUAACUCUGGUGAUGACUACUUUGGGGGAAGGUUUAUUAGGGGGGUUUGUUACUUUUUUUUCCUUAGGAGCAACUCAAAUGCCAGUUCCACUGAAGCCGAGUCUGGUGGAAAUCCACCUUUGCUAGUGCUGUGACUCAAAGCAAGCAUCAGAGAUAAGGGCAGAAACAUUUAAUUCUCCAUUCGGAUCCAUCACUUCGGGAUCUGCCGGAGCGCUACCGUGGCUGUGGGGUUUCAGUAAGCAGUUACGUGCUGCCCUGCAUCAGGACAAAGGUGCCCGUUCGUUUUUUCACAGGCUGGUCCUGUCCAGCCUUACCUUGAGGAGCCACCACCUCCCGUGAGGGAGGGACCUCUCGCUGCCGCCCAGCAGCUGACGGCGCCUUUCGCUGUCGACUAGCCAGCUGAACCUGACCUUGAUGAAGCAAGGCAUAAUUCAGCCAGGUACCUGUCUGUAUCAGUUCCUGACUGUUGACACGUUUGCACUUUGAGACAGGUGGCUAAUUAUGUUGCGUGCCAAGUUUACUCAAAGCAAAGGAAAUGGAUGUUAGAGAAUUAUAAACCGAGCGUAAUUUUCCUUUUACUGAAGGGAAAAGUAUGCUUCGGAACCGACUCGCAAGGUGAAAACAGUGGAACCGGGGACAGGGGGAAGAUGGGAAUGAUUUAAUUGACUCGUUUUACUGGCAGAAAUGUCAUCACCAUUGCAGGAUACAAAGCAUAUUUGCCACAUUAACAUUGGAAAAUAAUGUUUCUGAAUAAAGUUAACUGCCUAAUGUUAUGACUUCCACUAAAUAUGUGAAUUUGCUGCUUCUAAGAGGCAAUGUGAAAGAGGAAGUAUUACUUUUGUGUACAAAGUUAUUUAUUUAUUAGAAAAUUUGGUACAAUGUUGUACAUUGAAAAACAUGUAAGAUAUUGAAGUGUCUAACAAAUGGCAUUGAAGUGUCUUUAAUAAAGGUUCAUUUAUAAUAUUACAGCUGUUUUGUUGAGAGUGAGCUUUUGGGAGUUUCAGUUGAAAAUUAAAUAAAAUUCUAACCCAUUGCUA